AAUCUGCCAGAUGAAACAGUCUUCUUGGAGCAUUGGGAAGCACGAAAUUAUUUGCAGACUCACGUUCUGACUUUCCACUGAGAGCUUUGAUGUUCACAAUGGAUCAUCCCAACAUGACCCAGCCCAUGCUUGCUGCCGAAAGUGCCGGCCCUGCUGCUUCCACUCUUGAGAAGGGUGGAGGGAAUGGAAACGAAUACUUCUAUAUCCUGAUCGUGAUGUCCUUCUAUGGGAUCUUCCUGAUGGGAAUCAUGUUGGGCUACAUGAAGUCCAAGAGAAAAGAAAAGAAAUCCAACCUGCUGCUGCUCUACCAAGAUGAGGAGAGGGCAUGGGGACAAGCUGUCAAGCCCUUGCCUACUGUCUCGGGACUGAGGUCCGUCCAGAUUCCCAUGAUGUUCAGCAUGCUGCAAGAGAGCAUGGCGCCGGCUCUCUCCUGCACCCUCUGCUCCAUGGAGGGCAGCAGUGUGAGCGAGUCUUCCUUGCCAGAUGUUCACCUCACCAUUGAAGAAGAAGUGGCUGAUGCCGAACUGGGGGAAACGGCCAAAGCGGCUCUCCUCCAUGACAGCAGCGAAGGCUCUUCAGAAAGCAUCCACCAGAAUUCCUAGCAUUUGCUGGCUCUGGAGACGCAGCAUCUUUUGAACGAGUAGAACUGGAGGCAAACAAUUCCCUGUUUUUGCCUCCUGCCUUGAUUCAUCUACUGCUAGGGAUGAAAGGGAUGACCGUUAUGUUGCUGGAAGCAGGAAGGGGAGGUAGCAAAUACACAUAUAAUGUAUAAUAGAAUGUCUUUCUUAUUAAAGACGCAAAGAAAAUCUCUCCCCUGGCAAAAUACGUUUGCCUAGGCACUGCUUGCUUCAACAUUCUGCAAAUGUCUGGGAAGUAAUUGAGAAUCUCUAAGCGGCUGUUUUGUGAAUGACCUGUGUUUUGACAGCCAGCCUCAUGGAUUUGUGCUUAUGAAUAUUUUACCCUACAAAACUGCAAAAUUCCCUGAGGAGGCUUCCCGAAUCUAAAAGUGACUGGUUAAGAAGAGAUAUUUGUCUUAGAAAUGUGUUCACCGGGAGAGGGAUAAUGCCAUGCAAAAGGAAGAUCUUUGUUCAAUCAAUGGCUAAGCAGAAGCACACUUGAAUUAAAUCUUAACUCUCAGAUAAAUGGGAUUAAGUAGGCUCACGUGGGUAUAUUAGAGCAAAACUUGCCUUUCCAGGCCAGAGUGGUAUGAACAACAAUGAAAGAAAUAAAGCAACAUGCAGUUAAAUCACCAGAGACGGUGAUCACAAUUCACGGUGCCACUCAACCUCCCUUUAUUUUAGUGGUAUUAAAAGAGGGGAGCCGGGGCAACUCAGUGAAAUGGAAUGAAGCUCUGCAGACCCAGGUCCCAUGGCUUCCAAUUCUGCAAAAUCAAAUGAGG